GCUCCAAGUAUCCGGUAGUUAAGGAAAAAUGAAAAAAAAAAAUUGUUCGAACAAUUUUCCGUGAAAAAUAAUGAAGCUUGUAUUAUUGUCCAUAACAACCUAUUGAAAAUAAAAAUUCAUCGCUUGGAUCGGCCCGUCCCUGAGCAAUCAAUAUGGCCUCCAGCCGUAUGCGGGGGACGCAUCAGAAGUGAGGUUUAUCGUCCAAAAGUGUUUGGAAUCUCGUGAUAACCGAACAGUAAACAACCCCGCGUGCCGAGAACCGUCCAGGGGGUCCUCACCUAUUAAAUAACUCUCAAAAACCCCCCUAAUUUAUUCAUAAAGUCUGAAAAACAUUGUGCGCAAGAGGCGUUACGCCGAAGAGUGGUCUUGCUGCCUAGGACAAGCCGAUCUGGGUCCCAAGUCAUCGAGAAAAAGAAGGAAAAAAAAGUGAAAAAAAAAAACCCUCAGCAAUAUGCCCGGCUGACCUGAUCCUGGGGGAGUAUAUUUUUCAAUUCUCGAGACGUCAUGUCUCAUGAUACGAUGAAAGAGACUACGGGAAAAAUCGAGAGUUGUGGCGAAGAACUCGCCGAAGACGAAGAGAUGACGAACUCAGUACCUGAUAAAUUGAGUAUACAGCAGAUACUGGAGGGAAUGACCAACGAGUUUAAUCGGGCUGUAGCCAAGUGCAAUGACGACGAGAAGAGUAAUGAUAAAAUCGGCAUUGCUGACAGUGAGACUAACGAAGGGAGUACGUCCAUGGAAAAUGGUGAAGUUGCUGAUGAUUCAGUUUUAGAAGGGAGGGAGGAGAACAAUGAGGCUCCUGAGGAGGUUAUGAAUGACUCUAAGGAGCCAUUCAGGGAUAGCAACGAGCCUGGCAAGCAGGAGAUACCAAAAAAGGAUGGCAAUGUUCCGAGAAUUGUUCUGACAUUCAGAACCAUCGAUGAAAAUACAAACGAUGGCAAAAAAACGAAGAUUUCGAGUUGUGGCCCUAGUUUGAGUCUUGUUACUGAGGAAUUAGUGAACAGUGAUCAGAUUGGCGGAGUCUCUGUGAAAAUUGAACACUCGGAUGAAGUGUCUGAAGGUGUUGACAAGUCGGAUAAUGAAGAGGGGAAGGAUGGUGAUGAGGUUAAGUGUGAUGGGAUUGCGGAGAGUGAGGAGAAGAACGUGGCUGUUGAGAGUGAUGAAGUGAUCAAGGGGGGUGAUGACGACGGAAAGAAGGAUGAGGAGGAGGUGAAGGCACCUGUCACCAGGAAGAGGAAGUAUGCCAGCAGGCAGAGGGCGGUUAGCACUGAUUCGCCAUGUCCAAAACGAUCAGCAAGACGCUCUUGUAAAGAGCAGUUCAGUGUUCUGGAGAGUGCUAUGGCAAGAAAGGAGAAGUCAUAUUACACUGGGGAUAACAAGGUUACGAAGAAACCUGUGAAGACCUCGGGGAGAUCCAAGAGGCUCAGUGGUGCUAAGGACAGGGCCAAAGCUGAUGGUAAUUCGAGUCAGGAGUUGAUCAGUUCUGCCAAUGAGGGAAACAGCAGUCUGGACGAGUCCAAGGAGGCUAGCCCUGUGGAUGGGGAUGAGGUGGAAACGUCACGUGGGGUUGGGGAGUUCGAGGGUAUGCCCAAACUGUCGCCUAUAGUCAAGGAGCUGGCCAAACAGGGCAAGGGAGAGAUAGGGAAGAGUGAUAAACCCUUUUUGAGGCCUGUUGCCGGGAAAAAUAGGAGGAAUGGGGGGAGGGCAAGAGGUGGGGGUGGAGAAAGGCGGCUUCCUAAGGUUGAGGGGUUUGAGGAUGGACCUGAUGCUGCUGAGGCUGGAAAGAAUAAUGAUUAUCCUGAAGAAUCCAACGUUCCCACGAAAAGAACUCGUCGCAGUAUGGCUCCCAGUCCAAGCCCAGCUGAAGGACAGGCAUCAAAGCCAGAAUCGACAGCAAUACUCAGUGAAACCUAUGAGCAAUCAAUGCUAUGCCUCUGCCAAAUCAGAUCCCAGUUAUACGUAACAAUAACGGGCUCAGGUGCUCCCCUGUACUGCACAGCAAUAGAUUCAAUUGAUAACCGAUUAAUUGGAUGCUGUAACGAGGUAGACAGCAACGACGUCGCAAUGAGACGGCCAAGCACCCGUGUGCCUUUCAUAAUCCUUUGUCGUUCUCAUAAAGAGCGCCUUUUGCGUCACAACUGUUGUCCAUCAUGCGGUCUAUUCUGUACCCAGGGGAAAUUCAUCCAGUGCAACAAUGGCCACCAGUACCACAUCGAUUGCGAAGUAUUCGUCAAUAAGAAGCCAGUCUGUCCUCAUUGUGCCAAUGACAGCUCAAAUGUUCACGUUCUCAUCACAAUGUCUGGCAGCAGAAAACCCGUGUACAUACCUUCCAGAAAGAAAUUCUCGAAGCUACCGUCUGCUAAGAUGAGCCUGCCUGGUAAGGGGGACAAUACCAAAUUGGCAGAACGUCCUCCCAGUCCACUAGUCAGGCCCGGAGACAUCAAAAUUCCCGAGGCCACUGUUACCUCAGAGAGACCUGAACGUUAUACUGUUAUGAGUCUCUAUCAGGCGGUUAAGAACGGCGAUUUGGACAAAUUGGUCAAUAUUCUCAGCUGCGGUUAUAAUGCAAAUCACACAUUUCGUGAACACUCUCAACGGACUGGCCUCCACAUUGCAGCAGAGCGUGGCCAUUUGGGCUGUGUGAACGUCCUAGUGCAGGCUGGAGCCCAACUAGACGUCAUGGACAAGCACCAGCUCACGCCCCUCAUGCUGGCAGCUACCGAGGGCAAAACUGAAAUUGUGAGGUACUUGGUACGAGUUGGGGCUGAUGUUACACUGAAGGGGGAGGAUGGCAUGACUGCUCUUCAUCGAGCCGCCAAGUCAGGACAUCUAGAGGCCUGUCAAAUAAUUCUUUCGGAGUGUAAAGUCCCCAAAACACUAGUGGAUUCUGUGGACGACGGUGGCUGGACAAGUCUCAUUUGGGCCUGUGAAUUUUGUCACAUAGACGUGGCACGUUUUUUGAUAGAAAAAAAAUGUGAUCCCCUGAUCCGCGAUGCCGAGCAAAACAUCGCCCUUCACUGGAGUGCGUUCAGUGGUAGUUCAGAAAUAACAGAGAUGCUUUUAAAUGAAGGCUGUGACGUUAAUGCUGUGAAUGUCCAUGGUGAUACACCACUCCAUAUUGCAGCACGACAGGACCAGUAUGCAGUCAGUGUACUACUGCUAGCUAGAGGUGCUAAAGUAUCCGAAGUUAAUGCAGCUGGUGAGACGGCUGUUAAUUGUUGUACGAAUGAUGGAGAUACCCUAGCAGCACUCAGAUUGAAUGCAAGAGUCAAUGAAUUAUCGGAACAUUUGUGGGAGAAGACGACGAGAAUUUUGACUAAUGAUAUAUCCAGGGGAAAGGAAACUAAUCCAGUACAGUGUGUCAAUGGCUUUGAUGCUGAGGACAAACCCACGGAUUUUGUUUAUGUGACUGAAAAUUGCUUUACCAGUAAUAUACAUGUUGAUAGGACUAUAACGUCACUGCAGUCGUGCAGGUGUGAGGACAAUUGUAGCUCGGAAAAGUGUUUGUGCGGCAAUAUUAGCCUACGAUGUUGGUAUGACGAGGAGGGGAAACUCAUACCAGAGUUCAACUAUGCAGAUCCCCCAAUGUUAUUUGAAUGCAAUCAGGCCUGUGAUUGCAACCGAAUCACUUGUAAUAAUCGCGUUGUUCAGCACGGUUUGACCCAAAGAUUCCAAUUAUUCAGAACGAAGGGAAAGGGCUGGGGUUUAAGGACCCUGAGACCCAUUCCCAAAGGUGCUUACGUUUGUGAAUACAUCGGUGAAAUUAUUUCCGACUCCGAGGCCGAUCAUCGUGAGGAUGACUCCUAUCUCUUCGACCUCGAUAACAGAGACGGGGAGACCUACUGUAUCGACGCAAGGCGAUAUGGAAAUCUAGCGCGCUUCAUAAAUCAUUCCUGCGCCCCAAAUUUACUUCCCGUUCGUGUUUUUGUGGAACACCAGGACCUACAUUUUCCCAGAAUAGCAUUUUUUGCUAAUCGUGAUAUUGCAGCUGAUGAAGAGCUUGGAUUUGAUUAUGGCGAGAAAUUCUGGAUCAUCAAAUACAAAUCUUUCACAUGUACCUGUGGAGCUCUCAACUGCCGAUAUUCCGAGAAAACCAUUCAAGUAACACUAGACAAUUACAGAAAAAAAAUUCAACAAGAGGAGACUUUAGCUGCCCAAAUAGUUUGAAUAUUAUCUCAAUUUGCAAUUGAAUUCAAUUUCAUUGAUCUCAUGAUUGGAAUAAGCACAAGAUAAUGCAAUGAAAAAAAAAUUAAAAAUGAACAAAAGCCUAAUGAGUACAAAAUGAUCGAGUUAAUUGAAGAGUCUUAACAGUUUGCAGCUCAAGAGAAUUUAUAAUUUCAAUCCUUGAGACUUUACAAAUUCCCAAUAGCAAAUUAAAUUUGUACAGUUUUUUCGCCGUGCAUUUUUACUGUUUGAUUUUUAUUUUUCAGUCAUCCAGACCUCGGAAUUUUAAUGCCACGUUAAAAUUCAUUUGUCAUUAUUCAAUCGCUUAAUCGCCUAGGGAACAAAUUUAUUUCGAUUGUCCAUGAAUAGUAGUAACUCCAGUGUGUUCAGUCUCUACAGUUACAUUGUAUUUUUCUGCAGUUGUAGCAAUGUUUGCUCAUUUUUCAAUUGUCGAAAGUAUUUUGUAAAUGCAACCGGGGGUUAGUUAAAUCAAGAUGUACACCGUUUUGUACAAAUCCAUUUUUGUACAAUAUCAUACAAAUCGAAUAAUGAAUAAGAAAAAUUAGUGAUGAAAUAGAAAAUCUGUAGAAUUGAAUGAUUUCACCCACUCCAUUUUGUUAUUAACGUCAGGAGCUGCCCGAGGAGUGACGAGGAAAUGAGAAUGAAAUUCCUAGUCACGAUGCGCCGGUUAAAACCCGACAAGCUAUCGGCAGACUGUACGUUGACAUAUUCUUGUGACGUCACAACGCAGAAAAUCUCAACCGUCCAUAACCCGAAUUUCCCCUGAUUUGU